UAGAGGUGAGACUCGGUAAAAUGGCGGUGAACAUUAUGGUGGUUCCUUCGGUGGAUUAUAAUCUGUCUAAAUCUGAGAUGCUGAGGGCGGUGGUCGCGGAUAAACUGACCUCCGCGUCGCAGGAGAUCUUAGCGGUGGUGCAGCGGACUGUGGCCGGGUUUGAGGACGAGAUUUCGGCCUUGAGGAGCGAGAUCACCCGGCAGAGGCACCAGCUGGAGCUCCUGCAGCCGAGAAUCACUCUCUGCAGGCCGGUUUCAGAGGAGGCGCUUCGUGUGGAGGCCGGAGGAGGCGAAGCCCCCAAGGAAGAGGAGCAGACCGACGUGGAGGACUCGGAUCCCUUUGAGGAAGACGAGGAUAAACAAGAUGAAGAGGAGGCAGUCCUGCAUCAGGGUGAUCCUCAGACACCAGAACACAGCGACUCAGUGAGGAAGAGGAGGAAGGCGGGGAGGAAGAGGAGUGAUUUUGUGAAGCUGCGAGUGUGUUUCCUGCACGACGCCGACACCGACACGCUCAGGAAAGGCUUGUUGAAGUCGGGGGUGCGGGAGUUGCGUUGCCCCCCCGGUCUGUCGGAGGACGACUUCCUGCUUCUUCUCCGUUCCUCGUUUCCACGGUUACGCCUCCCGGUGGACGCCAUGACGGCUGACCCGUCUCGACGUCUGCAGACACUGGAGCUGAAGAGUCUGACGCCCGAAGAAAUCCAGAGGAGCGUCGGGGCGGUGGGGAGGGGGAGGUCAGCGCUCUACCUGAGAGAGAGGAGGUCUGCAGAUAACUCUCAGGACUCGGAGCAACUUCCUGUUCCGGGGAGGAAAGACGACGUAACACAUGAAACAGGAAGUGAUGAAAACAGGCCGAAUACAAGUUCCCACUACAGUCCUGCUGAAAACAUGCAGAGCGACGAAGCUGACAAUCCGACACAGCAACAAGAAACCGAUGAAGACGGAGAAAAACCUGGAAGAUCAGAAGCAGAAGAAGGUGGCGAUGGAGAAGAUGAUGAUGAUGAGGGGGAGGAAGAUGAUGGAGAUGAUGUUGGAGAUAAGGAGUGGAAACCAGUCGAGGAACCAGAGGAGAGUGACGAUGGAGAGAAGGAGUUACGAGGGGAAUCUUCGGGAGUGAAAACAAAAAGGAGAAAGGAAACCGUCGGCGCUCCUUUAGCUUGUAAAGUUUGCGGAGCUCUUCGAGGAUCCCCGAACAUGCUGAUCAAACACUCCUGGGGUCACGUGCACGAACAGGAAAGUGUGUGUGGAGUGUGUGGAGAAAACGUCGAGGAUCUGAGACACCAUCUGCAAACUCACCAGAAAACUUUAGAGAGUUGCGACAUCUGCGAAAAGUCCUUCCUCACCGCCAGGAGUCGAGAUAAACACGCCGUGUUGCACACGGGAGAGAAACCGUACGAGUGCGACGUCUGCCACAAAGCGUACCUGUUGAAAUCCAGUUUGAUCUGGCAUCGGAGGGAACACGUGCAGGAGAAACCACACAAGUGUCAAGUCUGCGAUCGGUCUUUCUCUUCUAGUCGCCAGCUGAGGGUUCACAGCAGCAGUCACACAGGGGAGAAACCGUACAGUUGCGACGUUUGCGGGAAAUCCCUUUGCGACCUGAGAUCUUUGUCGCGACACAAGCUGACUCACAGCGGGGAGAAACGCCACGUCUGUCAGGUGUGCGGUAAGCGUUUUUUACUUCCCGAGAGGCUUAAAGUGCACGAGAAAAUCCACGCGGCUCGAGACAAAACGCACCUCUGCGACGUUUGCUGCAAGACUUUCCACAGUUUACCUCAGCUGAAGGGUCACCUGAAUACACACAGCGUGGAUAAGUUCGUUUGUCAGGAAUGUGGAAAAGGGUUGUCGUCUCAAGGCGCUUUGAUUCGACACAUGGUGAUUCACACAGGGGAGAAACCGCACAAAUGCUCCGAGUGCGGGCGCACCUUUAAUGCGUUGAGUAUCCUCAGAGGACACAUGAAAACACAUUCGGGCGUCAAACCGUUUGUGUGCAAUAUCUGCGGGAAAGCGUGCGCUCGUAAGGAACAUCUGACCGUUCACAUGAGGUCGCACAACGGGGAGAAACCGUACAAAUGCAUCGUUUGCGAGAAAGCCUUUACGCAGAGUCACUGUCUGAAAACUCACAUGAAGGAACACCGACGGGAAGAAGAGACGGUGGCGGACGGAAUAACAUCCUGAAAAACUGUAAUAAUAAUUUUUCCAAAAUGUUGACAAAUAAACAUUUAAAAAA